GGACCAAGUGAGCGUGUCCCAGUUUUGUGAUCAUCGCUCAGCCAUAGGGUUUGGACUGAGGCUGAGGCUGAGGCUCGACCGCCUCGCCCAGGAUGGAGAGCCCGACUUUCAGACGCUCUCCCCUGUUCUCCGGCCUCCCUGCCCUCAGCUGCAGACUGCUGGUUCUCUGAUUAAGAACAAGGGGAGGCAGUGGCCCAGAUAACCUACAGAUGUGACCUCUUAGGCACACUUGAUUUGCUUAGCAGGGUAGAGGUUUUGGAGGCAGUGAGCUCAGGUGAGGAGCAGCACAAAGGUGUCCGAGGGCACUCUUUGGCUGCGUCAACCUCCAGGCCGGGGGCGAAGGGAGGCUGGCUGGAACGUGCCCUGCCGCAAGCCGGGCGAGGAUGAGGCGUUUCCUGAGCAGAAAGGGCCGCUUCUCCCUGCGCCAGAGCAAAUCUGGGACCCGGAGUGCUUCCAAAGAUUUCUUCCUUGGCCUUCCACCCACCAAUCAGAACUGGCCUGAGGCGUUUGGCUUCCGACUGGGUGGCACAGGACCCAGUUACAUCCUGUCCGUGGUGGAGGGCAGUAGUGCUUACCUGGCUGGCCUGCAGCCAGGCGACCAGGUGGUGGACAUUGAGGGCCAGGAUGUGACCAACCUCAGCACACCGGCACUGAUCGCCCUGGCGCAGACCCUGAAGACGGUGCCGCCCAGCAUCGGAGUGGUGUCACGGAUCGAACAGAUUGACAUCACUCCCGGCCCAGAUGGACGUUUUGGCUUCACCAUUGUCGGAGACAGUCCUCUGAUGGUGGAGGACUGCAUGCCCAAUGGUCCGGCUGGUCGCAAUGGUCUCAAAGCCGGGGACUACGUCAUGGAGGUCAACGGCAUCCCGGUGAAGCAUCACGAAACAGCAGCGGCCAUGAUCAAAGCGGCUCAGGGUCGACCUCUGCGUCUGGGCGUGCUCAGCAUGGCCCGGCGGCCCAAGCGACUGAGCAGCAGCAUGAGGGUGUUGUCGCAGAGCGGGGACAGCGUCAGGGAGAGUCGCGCCCACAAGGCCAUGGAAUUCAACAAAAAAGUGGAGGAGGUUCUCGGAGAGGAGCCAGAUGUGAAGGAACAGCUGUUUGAGGUGCUCAAGCAGUACGCCGCUGAGAGGGAUGUGGAGAGUCUGGCUGAGGCCCUGCCUGACAUCUUGAUCACAGAGGAGCAUCAGCAGCUGAUUGACAGCGUCAGGAUCUUCAUUCCCAAGAAGCACCGGGAGCGUUUUGACGAGGUCGUUUCCCAAAGCCUGAUGAGCCGGCUCAAAGGGCGGAGCUUCAGUGACCCUAGCCGCAACCACCUUCGCCGCAGCCGGAGCGAGGAUCACCCAGAACGCCUUCUGGUCUCCACCCGCGCCAGUUCAGUGCCACGCACCCACGCAGAGGAAGGCGUGGUCCCCCCCGCCCGCGGCAUGCGCAAGACCACGUCACUCAUAGCUGGGCACUCCAGUGGCACCACCACCAACUGCAGGACAGUGCGAGUGUGUAAAGGUAACACAAGUUUUGGCUUCACUCUUAGAGGCCAUGCUCCAGUAUGGAUUGACUCUGUCAUCCCUGGAAGCCCAGCAGACAAGGCAGGUCUGAAACCAGGAGACCGCAUCCUCUUUCUCAAUGGACUGGACAUGAGAACGUCCUCACAUGAGAAGGUGGUGUCCAUGCUCCAGGGCAGUGGUGCCAUGCCCACUCUGGUAGUGGAGGACGGUCCGCCGACUUUCGCACUGGCAGAGCAAGACCUUGCAGGAGGUGGCAUUCCCACAGAGCGCGCCCGCUCCCCGGUGCUCAGCUCCCUUCAGUGGGUGGCAGAGAUUCUUCCCCCCAGUAUUCGGGUUCAGGGCCGCACCUUCGGACAGCAGCUGGAGCACCUGCUGACCAUUCAGGAGAGGUACACUAUCUGCAAGGCCCUGGAGAACUUCUUCCAGCACAGGAAUGUUGACACUCUGAUCGUGGAUGUGUUCCCGGUGCUGGAUACUCCAGCCAAACAGGUGAUCUGGCAGUUUGUUUACCAGCUGCUGACGUAUGAGGAGCAGGAGCACUGCCAGAGCAAGAUCUCACGCUUCCUUGGAUACAAAGCGCCAGUUCCACCACCGCCACCGCCUCCGCCUCCUCCUCCUGAGCCUGAGGUUGUCCCUGAGCCCCACCGGCGUAGCAGCUCCAUGAGGGUGACAGGGACCACGUACAGGAGCAGUGUGAGGGGACGUAGCUCUGAUGACCUGGUCAUCGGCACACACUUGGGCAUGGGCCUUCGUGCAGACACAGUGCUGGAGGCAGGGAUGAGGCUGGCUCCAGGAGAGAGGCAGUCAGGAGACGGUACUUCCCUUCCAGAGACUCCCAACAACCUCACCAAUCUUUCAGCAGUGUACGCUGAACUGGAGAACAUGUAUUCAUCCAAGAGGUCCAAGUCUCUGAAGAGUCGUCCUCCUCCCGCCCCCGAGAGUUUGCUAGAUCUGGAUCCUCCUUCGCGCACGGCCUCUCCAACAAUACAUGCUAACACAGGUAGCCGUAAAGGCCCGCCACCCCCUACAUCCUGGCCUGAGCCUCUCCCCAGCCCCCCUACACCCCAGUUCUAUCAGUCAGGGCUGACGAGCCAGACCAGUGCAGAGUCCAACCCCUACAUCAGCCUGGACAGUCCCCCUCCAUCACCUCCAGAGCCCCCGGACUACCCAUCUAGCCCCCCUCCUCUCCGCAGCAACAAGCGGCGUUACACCUUCUCCAAACCACCACGCUCAGAAGACACAGAUCGCUUUCUGGAUGCGCUGAGCGAGCAGCUGGGACAGAGGGUGGCUAUCAUUGAUGACUUCCUGACUCCGGAGAACGACUAUGAGGAGGAUGUUGUGCAGAUGGGCUUCCCAGAUGAGGAGGAUGACGAUAACGAAGAGGAGUUGGGUGUGGACGAAGAUGAAAAUGGAGGAUUUGUGGGCCCAGAGCUCAGCAGCCCGAGUGAUGUUCAGAGCAGCAGUGGAGAAGAGAACGCCUCCUCCCUUACCUACUCUUCCUCUUCCGACCACAUCCCUCCACCACCGAUGACCCCUCCACCGCCCCCGCCUGUUCAGUUCAACGACCCGCCUCCUCCUCCACCUCCUCCUCCAGCACCUGCACAGACUCAGUCUCAGCACCAACAACAGCAGCAACAGCUCAACUACACCCCUGAACACUCUCCGAGAGCAUAUGUGCCCAUUCGCCGAAAAUCUGGCCCCCCUCCUCCACCUCCACCGCGCAGUAACCCACCACCUAAACGGCACUCCUUACAUAAAGUGCUGCCCACAAGAGAGGACAUUCAGGUCCGUGCUACCAUACAAGAGCUAAAAGCCUACCAAGAGCAACAAGCUUACCAGGAGAGACAAGCCUAUGAGGAGCAACAGGCAUAUAAGGAGAGGCAGGCGUAUGAGGAGCAGAAAGCCUAUGAAGAACAACUGAUCCAAGAGCAGCAGGCUUACCAGGAGCAACAGGCCUAUCAGGAGAAAAUGUUCAAGGAGAGACAGGCUUAUGAAGAGCAGAAGGCGUAUGAGGAGCAAAAAGCUUUUGAAGAACAACAAUUGUACCAGGAGCAACAAGCCUACCAAGAGAGACAGGCAUAUGAGCAGCGCCAAGCCUACCAAGAACAAAAAGCAUACGAACAGCGCCAAGCCUACAAGGAGCAAAAAGCUUUUGAGGAGCUUCAAGCCUACCAGGAGCAAAAAGCUUAUGAAGAGCGUAAAGCUUAUGAAGAGCAAAAAGCUUACGAAGAGCGGCAGGCCUACGAGGAGCAACAAGCAUAUCAGGAGCAACAGAUCUACCAGAGCCACCACUCAAUGCCUAACCAGCCAACGCAGCAGAAAGCUCACUCGCCACUGCCUCUUCAACAGCUCCACCAGUCCUUACCCCCACUCCCUUCUCCAGACUCCGCCCAUCACCAUGCUAACCAUCCUCUUUAUAUGAUGCGCCAAGCACAGCAGCAGCAGGCCCACCAGAGUCAUCACCACCGCCGUCAGUCCCGUUCGGCCCCGCCUCCACACCAGCCGUCGCCCCAACCAACAGCCCACCCGAGCCAACAAGGUCAAUAUGCUGAGGGCAUCUACCAAAGCCAUCAAGGCCUGAGGACGCAGGCCCACCACUCCUCUGCUGAGAUGCUCCACCAGGUGCACCAAGCCCCACCCCAUCAUUCCUCUGCUGAGAUGCUCCAUCAGCUGCAACAAUCCCAGGCCCACCACUCGUCUGCUGAGAUGCUCCAGCAGAUGCAACAAGCCCAUGCCCACUACUCAUCAUCAGAGAUGCUCCACCAAAUCCACAAACCCAAGGCCCACCAUUCCUCAACAGAGGUUCUGCACCAAGGUCACCAGAUGCAGCAAAUGCAGCCUCACCACUCCUCGACCGAACUUCUCCAUCAAGUGCACCAGCUGCAUCGGGGACAACCACACCAUUCAUCCACUGAGCUGCUCCAUCAGAUGCACAAAGCCCAGGCCCACCACUCCUCGACGGAGCUACUCCAUCAAGCCCACCAGGUGCACCAAACUAAGCCCCAUCACUCCUCCACUGAGCUGCUCCAUCAAGCCCAGCAAGACCCACCAUCCCUCCCAGUUCAGCUAACCCGGGACAGCCACUCCCAUCAGAGUCGGAGAAGUCUUAAAAGUCAUCAUCAGACCCAAGUUUCACCGCAAGGGAGACACCAGGAACAGCAGAUCCACCAAACUCAUCACCCCCAGCCCACCAAACCCUCUCCCCAAAGACCCCACUCUAUCCAGCAGACCCACCACCACUCCAGCACACCUCAGAUCCACCACAUCCACCAUAUGACCCCACAACCCCCUCCGCAGGACUACCAACACCAGAUUCAUGUCAUCCACCCUCCCCAGCAACCCCACAGGCCUCAGCCCCUUCUCUCCACCUUUCAGCCCCUUCAGCCGCACCAGCCCACCCUCUCCACUUUCCAGCCUCUGCCUCAACACCACCAAUCCCAGCACCAAGUCCAGCCUCCACCCUCCACCCAAGCCACGCGCCCACAGUCCCAGCCCUCACAUCACCUGCUGCAGACGCAACACCAGCCCCAAACCCAGUCCCACCAUAAGCAGCCUCAUGGUCAGAGCCAGCCCCAGUCCCUCCCCCACUCACUAUCAGACCCUUCAGAGCACCUAGAGCCCCCUCCGCCUCCACCGCUGCCUCCACCCUGCUCCCCUCCACCCUUGCCCAGGCCUUCGCUCUCCAGGAUGGACUCCAACCACAUGAGUGUGAAGAGGUUGCGCUGGGAGCAGGUGGAAAACUCAGAGGGGACUAUCUGGGGACAGUUGGGAGCAAAUUCUGACUAUGAAAAACUGCAUGACAUGGUGAAGUAUCUGGAUCUGGAGCUGCACUUUGGGACACAGAAGCCCUCCAUGCCUGCUCCAGAGCCAUCUCUCCUGCCAGAAACCUUCAAGAAGAAAGAUGUGAUUGAAAUUCUGUCCCAUAAGAAGGCUUACAAUGCCUCCAUCCUGAUAGCUCACCUGAAGCUGUCUCCUGGCGAGCUGCGUCAGGUGCUGAUGAACAUGGUCAGUGAUAGGCUGGAGCCAUCCCACAUCAAACAGCUGCUGCUGUAUGCCCCCGAUGCAGAGGAGGUCAAACAGUAUGAAGCGUACAGACAGGACCCCAGCAAACUCAGCGAGCCAGACCAGUUUGUGUUGCAGAUGUUAUCAGUACCAGAGUACAAGACCCGCCUGCAGAGCCUCCUCUUUAAGUGUUCCCUGCAGGAGAAGACGGAGGAGCUGAGGGGAGCAUAUGACUGUCUUUACAAGGCUUCGCUGGAGCUGAAGACAAGCAAGAAACUGGCUAAGAUACUGGAGUUUGUGUUGGCGAUGGGGAACUACUUGAAUAACAGCCAGCCUAAAACCAGCAAGACAACAGGCUUCAAGAUCAACUUUCUCACAGAGUUGAGCACAACUAAAACAGUGGAUGGGAAGUCGACGUUUCUACAUAUUCUGGUCAAGUCGUUAUGUCACCACUUCCCUGAUGUGUUGGAUUUUUCCAAAGACUUAACAAUGGUUCCUCUUGCAGCCAAAGUAAAUCAGAGGACUAUUACAUCGGAUAUGAACGACCUACUUACGACCAUCCAGGACAUUCGCUCAGCUUGUCAGAAGAUGCCUGCGACUGCUGAGGAUCGCUUUGCUGUUGUCAUGAGUAACUUCCUGGAAAACAGUCACCCCGCAGUCCAGUCUCUGGAGUCCCUGCAGCAGAGAGCUAUGGAGGAGUUCGGCAAAACUGCCUCUUACUUUGGAGAAGACAGCAAAUCCACCAACACUGAGGCCUUCUUUGGUAUCUUUGCUGAGUUCAUUGGCAAAUUUGAGAGAGCUCUCAGUGAUCAGCAAGCUGCAGAAAACCAGAAGAGCCCAAGAAGUCCACGAUUGGCUUCACCACUGGCCUGGUAACACACACACACACACACACUCACACACACACACACACACACA